AUGGCCGCCAAGCAGGCUGGAAAGACCGGCAAUGUAAACCAAGGAUCACAAAAUGCUGCCGCCGCACCAGCUCGCAUCGGUGCGCAGAACCCUGCGCUAUUACAAGCUCAGGAGUCGCCGAGCGCUGCAAAGGCAAAGCGCCGUUCCAUACGUGGUUCCCUUUUCCCCAUUGCCGGUGCGUCGCUGUACGCAGAAGCACGUGGACCCAAUGCCUCCCCAGUGGUCGUCGCGCAGCCGAAGACAAAAGCUGCAGCAGCUGGAGCUGCGGAGACGGCUGCUAGAGGGCGUUGGCUCGAACAACCGGAUCCUACUGCAGCACGCAAGAAAAAAUGUAGUAGUCAUUCUCCAGCUAUCGUCGCGAUACCAAUUGCAUCGCUGAGCCCGCUUAGCCCGCUGGGUCCGGAGAUCAUCGCAACGCCGUCGCUGAUGCACGGACCACUAGUGAUUCGGACGAAGAAAGAACAGGACAAGCGAGAGGCGCGUCGGCCGCCCGUCGCUGCGAGCCAUCGGCGGUGUCCCAGCGAAGUAGCUGCGCCUCUUAUACCGGCAGUCCAGCAGUCUGUGCGAAUGUGUGCGCCGGACGACCUACGCGCUAUGAGGCAACAGUUUCCGCCACGGUUGUCGUCGAUAUGCUUGCGACCUAUGACCAUCGGUCCCGGUGGGACGCCCGAGCUUGUAGCCUUCCCGUCCAGCUGGCACCGUCGGCAGUCGCGCCUCACACCUGGAGCGGAGUUCGCAGGUGACGCCGCGCGAGGCGCUUCCAAUGACGGGCGUCGAGCGUCGUCGCCGAAAGAAGUUUACCCGGUUAUGGAUGCAGCGGAGGACGAAACCCCGAGAAGUUGUCCCAGCACGCCCCAAGUGACGCCGCCCGAGAAAGAGGACCAGCAGUGCGGCUGGUUCCGGUUCCGACCGUCUUUCCUGCACGGAUUCCGUACUCCUGGCUGGGUUCUCCUUAGCCUUUGCUCGAUCGAGUUCACCCAGAGUUUCGUCAACAGUGGCGUGUUCAACGUGGUGCUGCCCACCAUAGAGCGGCGCUUCAAUCUGAGCAGCUUCGAGACCGGCAUGCUGCUGAGCGCGUUCAGUGUGGUCAACUGCCUGUUCAUCGUGCCCGUGGCAUUCCUUGGCAGCACUCGAAACAAGCCGGUCAUUAUAGCCUCCGGCAUGGCCAUCAUGUCGGCCGGAUCGUUUUUGUUCUUCCUGACCUACGCGAUCGAGCCGUCCUAUGCUUACGGCACCGAACUGCCAGACCUGUGCUACGCGACGCCGCCUCCCUUGAACCAGACGGUGGAAGCGUGCGGCAAGGAGACGAUUCGCGAUGCCCGCUUCCUGCUCAUCCUCGGCAGCAUGCUCCAGGGCGCUGGCGUCACGCCGCUUCACACGCUUGGCAUGUCCUUCCUGGACGAGAAUUUGCCCGCCAGGCUCACCUCCCUCUUCGUCGGAACGUACAGUGCCAUGGCCGUGCUGGGACCAGCCUUUGGAUUUCUCAUUGCCGGAUAUUUUCUUUCUGUGUUCGUCGAUUUCAAGGACGUGAGCCACCUCGGCCUGACAACUGAAAGUUCGGUGUGGAUCGGUGCCUGGUGGGUUGGAUUCUUGGUCGCGGCCGUGAUGGGCGGUAUCGUCAGCAUACCGAUGGCCGCAUUUCCAAAACACCUGCCAUCGUACUACCAAUGUCAGAUGGUGCGCCGACUGUACUCCAACAAGAGCACCAAUCAGAGCACCUAUGGCCAGUGCGUGAACGAGCUGCCGCGCUCCAUCCUGGCGAUCCUCAUGAACGUUCCCUUCGUCUUGAUCACCCUGGCGUCGGUCACCGAAGCAAUGGUCGGCACGGCCGUUAGUGCCUUUUCGGUGAAGUUCUUCGAGGCCGAAUUCGCUAUGACACCUUCCAGAACGGCCGCUGCUCUGGGCAGCAUACUGAUUCCGGCCGGCGUAGGCGGUACAUUGAUAGGAGGCGGACUGGUAUCCAAGCUGGACUUGACCGUUCGCGCCAUGUUGAAGAUGUGCUGUGCCACGAGCAUCAUCCCGUGGCUCUGCAUGUGGAUAUUCAUUCUGCACUGUCCGAACCCGCAGUUCUUCCACGGGACAAUUGGGAGCAGCAACCGCAGCGUGGACUUCAUCAGCGAGUGCAACGAGAACUGCCACUGCGAGGCGACAAUGCUGGACCCCAUAUGCUCGGUCGAGAACGUGGUCUACGCGUCGCCUUGCUUCGCCGGCUGCGUCACGAAAGAGGUCAUGCCGCACCCAGACGACCCAUCCUGGGAUCUCCAAGUGUACAAGAACUGUUCUUGCGUGCCGACCCCGCUUGGAGCUCCAAUGAAUGCAACCUUCUACGAUUUCGAUGCGACGCGUCAGAAGUGCUCGACCAACUGCAACCUCAUGGUUUACUACAUGGUCGUCAUAUUCAUCUGCGUCUUUUUCAGUUUCUUCAGCGCAGCUCCUAUCAUCACCAUCAUGAUGCGCUGCGUCGAGGAAAAGGAGCGAGCUGUGGGACUCGCUGUCAAGUGGGUCAGCGUCCGCCUCCUCGGCAACAUACCGGCUCCGCUGUUGCUGGGCUCCGUGAUCGACCGCAGCUGCCUGCUGUGGCAGGAGGUGUGCCAAGAACGCGGCGCCUGCCUCCUCUACAACAACGAGUACCUGGCGCUCAGUAUGCUCGAGUUCCUGGUGCCGGUCAAGACCGGCUCCAUUAUACUAUUCUGCGCCGCCCUCAUUACAAUGUCCGACGAAGAAUAAAUCGAAU